AUUAUACGAUUUAUAUAUUUCAUAAAUUUCAGGAAAACUUAAUAAGAAAGACUAUUAAUUUGGUUGUUACAAAAUUAAAAUAAUUGUUUUUGUAUGAUAAAGUCAAAAGUACAACUAUGUUGACAUUCAAUAUGGCGGUAUGUCGUCAGUGCUGUGCUGUAUCGUGUUCAACUUUAGAGACUAAGUAAUUAUAUAUAUAUAUGUAAAUAGUAAAAGUUACUCAAAAAGCAACGCUGCAUUGAAUUACAAAUUUGAAAAUAUAAGGCGAUGCAAAUAAGAACUCCGGUCCAGCAAGCAUUGAAGACAUCUGAGGAACAAUAGUAUAUUUCCAGUUUUUAUUGUUUUCAUAGUGUUCUGGUGCAUAAAUUUGUGAUCUUUGUUCUAAAGACUUUGUGUUUUAAGGGACACAAAUUUAAAAAAUGUGAUUUUGUUUUACGAUAUAGUUAGCACUAUUUAACCAUAACACCAUACUUUCUCAGUGAUAUAUUGGGUUAUAACUGAGAUUUGGACUCAUAUAUAUUAUUUAUAAAAUAUACACUUUGAUAUUGUCUUCGGAGAUAUUGGAAUGUCCGGCAAUCCUCAGUGGAAAUUGUUCCAGCCGCCAGAUUCACAUGUAUCUCCGCUGCGGGAUAUUUUAGAUCUCCAGCAUUCUAACAUGCAAUCAAAGCAGGUAUUUCGAAACGGCUCUUUUAGUAGUGAUUUUCCCAGUUCUCCCAGAGAAAACUUUAAUAAUAUGAAUAAGCCAAGUGGUGGGAAUAGAUUUGGCACCGGCUUCAAUAUAGAUACGUGCCCAAUGGGUGAUUCUGUUGGAGUAUUUUCAUCGAGUUCCUCAAACAAUCCCACUCAAUAUGAUUCGGUAAACAACCCACCCAUUAGAGAAACUGGGAUAAUUGAAAAAUUACUUCACUCUUAUGGUUUCAUACAGUGUUGUGAAAGACAAGCUCGUUUGUUCUUCCACUUUAGCCAGUUCAGUGGCAACAUCGAUCAUUUGAAGAUUGGUGAUCCUGUAGAAUUUGAAAUGACUUACGACCGGCGUACUGGAAAGCCAAUUGCUUCUUUUGUUACUAAAAUUGCACCUGAAGUAGUCCUGAGUGAGGCGCGUGUCACAGGCAUCGUCACUACAGAAGUUAAAGGGGAAGGUUCUGGUGAUAAUACUGGAAGAAUAUCCUAUGAAAACCGCGGCGAGUGUUUCUUUUUGCCUUAUACCAAGGAUGAUGUUGAAGGAAAUGUAACAUUAAGAAGUGGUGAUGCUGUGAGUUUUCAAAUUGCAACAAACCAAAGAGGCACCCUGGGUGCUUGCCAUGUCCGAUUUGAGAAUCCUGUACAUCCCGUGAAAUAUCAUGGGGUUGUCUGUUCAAAAAAAGAAAAUUUUGGAUUUAUUGAACGUGCAGAUGUUGUUAAAGAAAUAUUCUUUCAUUAUUCAGAAGCAAAAUUAAAAGAGGAAUUAUCCUUAGGAGAUGAUGUUGAAUUCAUAAUACAAACAAGAAAUGGUAAGGAAGUUGCUUGCAACAUUACCAAACUACCAAGUGGGUCUGUUGUGUUUGAAGAUAUAAAUCCUGAGAUAAUGCGGGGACAAGUACUGAAACCCCUUGAUAGAGGUAACAUGAUGCGUGUACCACAAAAUGAUCCGCUCCCGGGUAGGAUAAAGUACCGUGCAGCAGAUCACUCUGAAACUGAGGUACCAUUUGGUGACAAAGAUCAAUGUGGUGAAUUCACACUUCGGCAUGGUGAUUGGGUCCAAUUCCAAGUGGCAACAGACCGUCGGGAUCAAUUGAAGCGUGCAACAAAUAUCUCGCUUCUGGAUGAGUCUUUUAAUGUGUCCGGAGAACGAAGGGAGCAAGGGCUUGUCUGUUCUUUGCGAGAAGGCUUUGGAUUCAUUCGCUGUGUUGAAAGAGAUCAAACCAUGUCCUUCCAUUUUGCUGAAGUACUGCGUCUAGGUCAAGAGCUGAGCGUUGGUGAUGAGGUAGAAUUUACUGUGGACCCAGUUACAUCUUUCUCUAACAUGAACACCCGUCAAUCAGCUAUCCGUAUUAAACACUUGCCGGCUGGCACUGUAAAGUUUGAGACACUGGUUGAAAAAGGCAUCCGUGGUGUUAUUAGUAAAGAGGCACAAUCAUUUUCCUCAUCAUCCAGCCCAACACGAAAUGCAAGUUCGGAAAAUGGAAUAAUUACUUGCCACAUCAAUAACGUAAAGAAAAACAUACCCUUUGCUGCUAAUAAAUGCGAAGUGAAAAUACUUCCACGUGUGGGUGACAAAGUUAUGUUUGAUAUAUACCAGUCUAAGAGGACCAAAGACCUAGUGGCAAUGUCUGUGCAAAUACAAAGUUUGGGCAUGGCCAAUGGAAGUUCAGCUAAUGGGAACGCUCGUCCCAUCAUGCAAGGGUUCAUCGCAGCUUUGAAGGAUGGCUUUGGGUUUAUAGAAACAGCUGACCACACUAAGGAAAUCUUUUUCCAUUUCAGCAACCUCGAGCGCAAUCCAGACGGCCUUGAGCUCGGUAUGGAAGUUGAAUAUUCGUUGGGAAGGAUCAGCAGCUCUGGUGGUGGCUGUGCUAGUGCCGAGUUUGUUCGUGUCUUGCCCCGAGGUACUAUCCCCAUUGCCAAGCCUUUGGAGGCGACCCUGAAUGGUACUGUUACCCGUACUAUGCGCGCAUUGAACCCGGACCAACCACAAUAUUCCGGUAUGAUCCAAGCUGAGAACGGGACGUCAUAUGAGUUUGGAAUUAUGGGUCUUGCGUGCAAACGCGAGAUUCUUCAAGUCGGCGACCCGGUGACAUUCCAAGCUGACGUCGAGGGACGUGCGACCAACAUUGUGCCCGUUAGAAAGAAACGACGAGCCAUUGUAGACGCUAUCAAGGGUGGUUUCGGUUUCCUGUCAGUGGACGGUGAAGACAACCGGCGUCUGUUCUUCCACAUGUCGGAGGUGCGCGGGAAUCACGCAGACUUGCAACCAGGCGAUUCGGUCGAGUUUGUUAUGUUGACUAAUCCACGCAAUGGCAAAUCGUCUGCUUGCAACGUUGUUAAGACUGGAAGCAAGGGGGCAGUUUCUAAGGCCCGUCCGGAGCGAUUGCUAGCGCGCCUUCGUACAAUUUCGCAAGAGGACGCAUCCACCCCUCGCGUGAUUGUAACGCGGAUGCCACGAGGACCCGAUGGCACCCGGGGCUUUCGCUCAAGGCGUCCUAUCAACGAACAACAUACCGAAUAAAGGCCUGAUCUACAGCUUUUUAUUGCUAUGCAUUGUAGUUAUGCAUUCUAGAUUUGUUUAAAUUCAAGGUAAACUCAAACAACCAUGGCACUCUCCAUCCCUUAUAUGUAUUAUAUAAUAUAAAACAAUCAAAGGGUUUAUGUAACAAUACUUUGUUGCCUACAUUCCAAUUUAAUCAGAAACAAUUCCCUCAGCGUAGAACGGAACGUAAUGUAUUUGUAGUUUGUUCGAAAUUGUUUGUCGCAUUAAAAAAAUUAAAUGUGUGUUCGAGAGUGCCAUUUGUUGUAUAGUUUAUGUAUUCAAGAGAGACUGACUGAUUCUCGGUUUAGCAGCAUUUAGAAAAUUUUAAUUUAUUUAGGUUAUUCCGUUGUCGUAUCAUAGUUGCGAGCAAAUUGCUUAGAUAUGAGCGUAAAACAUAUCAAAUUAACGAAUUUUCUUGCUUCUUUAGUCAUGUGAUUGUAAGAGGUUCUUUUUCGCGAGGACGCGUUGUUCAAAAUUCCGGUUUCACUUUAAUUAAAUAAUUGUAGGCGACACAUAACAACAGGCUUUUAUUACAGUUUAAGCGAUGUACAAAUUCGUGUUAUUGUUAGGUUCUGUGAACGUGGCGAGAAUCGCUUCAUUCGAACAUAUUUACAGAAAUAUAAAAGUAUAUUAUAAUAGUAAUUCGAUAAACUAGAGGGCUCUAUUAAAAAUAUUUAAUACGUAAAGAUGAUUUUGUAUUAGCUUUUCUCAGUUAAAUGAAUAAUGUUAAUCGUGUUUUGGGUUGUCAGUUUCAAUGAUUAGUUAAGUUAAUUUCAACGGUUUCCGUCUUUCGGCUAAUUGUUUUUUGUCCUCCUCAGUAUUAAAUAAUCACAUUUGUAUGGAGGCCAUUUUAAGCCAAGUUUAUCCCAGUUAUACAGUACCACCAAAUAGUAGUAAUAGACGGUGCAAUCAUCGCCCAUGGUUUUGCAAUAUAUUUAAUGUGUAUAUAAAUAUUUUCUACUCACACCUUUUAGUAUUGGUUAAAUUACACAUAGUAAAAUACAAAUCCUAAAAAAUAUUCGUAAGGCGGUAAACUAGUUUUUAGUGGUUCAACCUGUAUUGGCUAACGUUGUCUUUUUGUUAUGAUAUUUAGAUCUCUAUUGGAAAUUUUCCUGUGAUGUAUUGAAAACUUAAUGUGCAAUAAAUAAAGGAUAAAUAUGUCCUCAGGGCACAUAAUCUAGUCUAGUUAUAGCCUUCAUAUGUUAUGUGUCGCAUGAAGGAAACGUUUUGGGGUGAAAUAAUUUGGGCAUUUGUCCGGACGGACGUAGUUGUUCCUGUGUUGUUAGGCAUUUGACUCGACCCGCUUAAUUUAAAAUGUUUAUUGUGAUAUGUGAGCAAUAAUAUGUGUUUGGGGUUGAAUUGUGAUUGCGGUGCUUUCGUCGCGAUUUAUUUUUUUAUAUGAAAUUAUUAUUAACAGCUUUGUAAACAUUUAAUAUUAAAUUUAUUUAUAGCGCUUUACCCUGUUUUUUAGGUGUGAACUGAACACCAAUUAUAGAUUGUACUAUGCCAGUGCCUUUACGUUGUUCCAAAACUAUUAUACAUUUAGAGGCUAAUUUCUAUUGUUAAAGUUGGUUAAGAAUUUCUGGUGUAAGUCGUGACAAGUUUUUUUGUGACACACGCGUACAUAAAUGUCUAUUAUAAAGUCUAGCUGUGAUGCCGCCGACUUUUAUUACAAAAGAUAACCAGUAUUAUUGCCAAACUUUUCCUUUAACUUAGUCUCAUUAUAAAUGCAAUAUUGCAUUUGCAUUUUGUAGAUACAUUUAAAGCGAGCUUGGGUGACAGGAUUUCCUGAUUCAAUCUGUCAGUACGCAUACCCUCAAUAGAGUGACGUGAGUAUAGCAGAGUACAGUGAGAAUAUAACACAUGUGACUGACAUUGGAGUUGGACCAGGUGAAGUCGUGACAUUGCUUAUGUUUAAAAUGUCCCAAUGUUUAUGUAAAGUUUUUAAAGGAAUUUUGAACAAUCGUCGCCGAUUGCCUUAUGCUUCGUGUAUUUUUUUUUAUUUUGCUAUAUUAUACUCUUUUAUAUUUUGUACAGGUGUAUAUUAUCAAGUGACAGAUAGUUUCACACUUAUUUCACUAUAUAUUUAUAUAACUAUAUAACUGAAAUAUAUGUAAUUUUAUUGAACCAAAGUACCGUUUCACUUUUUAAUAUAAACCUAUACAUGCCUGUGUAACCACGUUAUAUUAUGAAAGUGGAUAAUUAAUAUUCGAUGUUGUAGUGUAUUGAUCCCCGGAUCGAUUCGGGUUUAGGUAUUAUUAUGUACUAGUCUUAAAAUUAACAAUUACUUCGGAUAAAUUACCAGAACAGACGAGUGUCUUGUAUGGAGGAUCUGAUUAUGUUAACGCUACACCGCCAAUAGACUUUCUUAGCUUAUAUACCUGUCAAAGUGUGCCGUAUCGUUUUUCGAAAUUACACAAAUUCAAAUAUAAUAAAUGUUAAUCAACAAUAACUAUUUCAUUGCAUAUAUGUAACUAGUUCCUUUCUAAAAUUACGUAGGUUUGGCGGACACGAUAAAAUUAAAAAAACUUAAAUGCCUAAAAGAACCUCUGACUUAAAUAUUGAAUGUUAAAAUUGAUAUUCAGAAUUGCAAAUUUUGGAUACUGAAUUAUAUUUUUUAGUUUAUCCUCUAUGAUAUGACAAAAUAGUUAUGCCAAAAGUUUAUAAAGUGUGUACAAUAAAUAUGUGAUUUAAAUGAACAAAAUGAAAACGAUCACGACCCACUUGAUUGGGGUCAUGGCGUGUUCUUUUGUACCUUAUAUACGUACGGAAAUCUUCUAAAUAGGUAUUUUGUUUAAAUUUUUGUUUGUAUCGUACUGUGUGAUAUAAACUCUUUCAGAACGCAGUAUGAUGUUGUCGAAUAUUAGCUCUCAAACAUGCAACAAAGUACACUAAAUAUAAUAUAUAUAAACUAAUAAACAAUGUGAUUAAAACAUU